CGCCGCUGCAGCCUCUGCCCACUACAGCGCGCCCUUGUCCUUUGUCCCGCCUUCUCCUCUUUUCCUUGCGCGUUUCGCGUCUCGAACAUUAUGAUACCGACGCUACCCAACUUUGCGGCAAUAACACAGCGCCUGACGCAGUCGCUGCCCUUCAAGCGCGCCCAGCAAGGCCUAUUCCACGGCAAGCAGAAGCUCUCGGGCAACAACGUCCCGUUCUCGCUCAAGAAGACGCGCCGCACGUGGCUGCCUAAUGUGCAGCACAAGCGGAUCCCGUCGGAGGCGCUCGGCGGUGUGCGGGUGAAGGUGACGACGAGGGCUUUGCGAUGUAUAGAGAAGCACGGUGGUCUUGAUAACUACCUCCUCAACACCAAGUGCGAGCUCCUCGGUAUCGAAGGCAUGCGUCUCCGCCUGCUAGUGCGCGAGCGCGCCGCCGAGCAGCGCCGCGUUGCGCAUGAGGCCAAGGCCAAGGAGGUAAAUGAGGAAGAGAAGGAUCUGCGUGCGGCGCAGGCGGUUGUGCGUGAGGAGAAGCGGCAGCAGCAGAAGCUCGCGAAGCGCCGUGAGCGGGAGAGUGAGCUCGCGGUCAGCGAGGGUAUCCUUGGCUCGAGCUCGAAUGCACCAUCGAAGAAGGCGAACGUGGCGGUUGAGGAGGUCCCCGAGGUACAGGUGGAGGUCCAGGAGGACAUCGUGUCGGAGGCGAAGGCGCAGACGCAGACGCAGACGCAGGAGCCGGAUGUAGACACGGCGGCGCUGAAGGAAGAGGAGGAAAAUGCACGGGCAGAGCGCAGGAAACAGAAGAAGCAGUCGGCGAGCCGCGGUCUCUUCGACUAGACUUCCAUUCAUUACAUACUAUAUUGCUGCUCUUUAGACAACCUAAUUGCCCAGACAUUUGAAUCACGGGCUUGCUCUCGCUCGUGGAUGCACCAGACUAUGCCCUGUUUCUCCGUACGCUCCUCAGAGUUUCUUGAAGGGAGGCCAUCUCGUGCUUAUCAUAUGACUGGUAGAGUAAUACCCUGUCAUGUCACUCUAGUUCUGUCCUUCAACGGACGGCGUCAGUCAAUCCAUCAGAUGCUCG